AUGGUUAGGCCUAAGAACUCCCAACCCUCAACCUCAUCAGACGAUGGUGGCUGUAGUGAUAACGACGAUUAUGGGUUAUCAGGAUUUAGUGAACAACGACCACAAACAGACAAUGGUUUUGAAUUUGAAGAUAUGGAUGUUAAUGAAGAGAAUGACUAUGAUGGCUUUGAAGAUGCCGAUGAUCGCUACGAUGGUGAAGAAGGUGAAGAAGACAGCGAGGAUGGUGAGGAUGAAGACGGUGAAGACGAUGAAGAUGACGAAGAAGAAGAGAUCAGUCCUCAUGAUUUCAUCGGACGACUUCUCCAGUCCAGAAUAGGCCGCCAGGACGAUGGGGAUUUCUUCAGAGCAUUUGGUGGCACCAACGGCGACGAUUCGCACCAGUCGUUUACUGACGUAAUUCAAAGGUUAGUUAACAGUGGCGGUGGCGGGAUCAUCUCCAAUAUGGGCCGUGAUAGCGAAAUGGACCGUCUUAUUCAAGAUUUAAACCAACGUGACGAUACGUUCCUCAUCCUUGAAACGUUGAACGAACUUCUGAGCAAGCUUUUGAUGAUGAAUGGUAUCACUGCCGAACGAGUGAUCCCGGCCAACAAGCUCGCGCGAAGUCUCGUGGGACUCAUGAGCGACCCCCUGCUCGCGGAAGAAUUGGAACUACAGCUUGUGGCCUGUAGGUGUCUUUAUAACUUCCUUGAAGUCAACCAGGACUUCAUCCAUGAUGUCAUUAACAACGAUGCCAUUGAGACUUUGUGUCACAAGCUCAAUGAAAUCACCUACAUCGAUCUCACCGAACAAGCUCUCCAGACAUUGGAGAUGAUCUCCCGAGAUCUCGUUUCCCAUAGUCAGAUCAUUGAACAUAAUGGUUUGAUGGCAUGCCUCCAGUACCUUGACUUCCUCACUAUCCAUUCUCAGCGGAAAUGUCUCACCAUUGUCGCCAAUGCUUGUACCAACGUCGUGUACGAUAACUUCUCCCUGGUCAAUGAAGUGUUUGAGAACAUUUCUACCGUGGUCAAGAACCACUCUGACCCCGCGGUGCUAGAACAUGCGUGGUUGGCCAUUUCCCGCAUCAUUCAUAGCUUCAAGAGCUACCCAGAUUUGCUCGAGAAGUUGUUCUUGAGUCGUAGCGACUUAUUGAACGAGCUCGUUCAAAUCAUCGUCGCUAGCUCCAACAAAACCUCCGACCAGUCUUCGUCCAAGGUCCCGGUGAACUUCAGCUCCUGUAUCAGUCUUGUCAAGUCCUUGAUCAUUCUUUGUAGUACCAGCGUGGAUAUCUCCGCCCUCCUUUUGACAGACAUCGCCGUAGGUGAAAGUAUCAUUAAAGCUUUGAAUCGGUAUCGGAAGACGGACACCAAUUUGCAUUCCGCUUCCGCCGACAUUAUUUCUGUGGAAGUGAUCAUGGCUGCUCCUACUGAGCUUGUGUCCCAGUUUCUUUCAUUGAUAGGCUACUUGCUCCCUAUUGCCUAUACGCCGCAAGAGACUCCGUUCUUGAAGAACUCCUACGAGGAGCAAACAGAGAGAACUGAGUUAAAAGAGAAACGUAUUGAGCUUUACAGCGAAGUCAUCCACCUGUCGUACGUUAAGUUUGUCAACGAGAUCUGGUCACUUUUAAUCAAUGGAUUCCAAGCAUCUAUGGACUUUGAGGUCAGGAGAAAGGUGCUUAUAAAUUUGUUCAGAGUGGUGAAAUUCUUCAAUACUGCUGAAGACUUGAAGAAGGUCAAUGACGUUCAUCUUUUGUCCAAUCUCCUUGCUUCCAUAGUUAACCAAAGUAAAUUGGGCAUUAAAGAUUUAGGUUACAAACACAAAAUGUCGUCGAUGUCGCACAACCCUCAUAAUGAAAAUGAAAAUCAAACUGAAAAUGAGUUUGUGGAUAACCACAAAUACAAUUACCACAAAACCAAUAAUGAAACUGAUGAUGAAAAUGAUGAAGAAGAAGAUGUCGAAAUGGUGGACGAUGAUGAUAGGGAUAGUACGUCCAAGCUUAAUGCCAACAUCUCGCUAUUAAGUUCAUCGUUGAUCAUGUUGAACUUGAUCAGAAGUAAUUCCAAGGAUUUCAUUGAAGCUUUUGAAAAGGAAGGUUUGAUCAGUGACGUGCUUUCCAUCUGUACUACGUUGAAGACAGCAGGACUUAGUGAUCCUAACGAUGAUUACGAGAAGUCAAGACCUUUCUCCCCGGCCUACAGCUACCGAUACAUCGACAUGGAGCUAACUAAAGAUUAUGAGUACAAACUCACCAGUGCCAGGCUUUACAACAAACUUCUCCAUGUCACCUGUGAGAUUGAAGAUACCUACAACGAUUAUAAGAAGUUAGGGGACUCAUUAGCGGCAUCUGUGAGUGCUAGGGCCCUUGAAGAGCUCAAACAAGUGGUAGGAAGUGAUGGUGCCAAGUCGCGCGACCAAUGGACUGACGUGUGGGCCAAAUUUAAGACCACCUUCGACCACAAUUUGUCAAGCUUUGAGUUGAUCUCGUCAGGUUUCAUCGGGACUUUGACCGACCUUUUCACCCAUAGUACGGAGGCUGAUUUGGCCUAUACCACCUUCAUGGCCAGUUUCUUCGUACCACCACGAGACGAAGAUUCACUCUCACCAGCUGAAGUGUUGGUGGAACGAUUACAAGAAGCCUUAACUCGAUCAGAAUCGUUCGAGAUCUUAUCUGCUGGUGGUAACACCACGAGAUUUGCCUCCUCGGUGUACUACGACAAUUCCCAGACUGCUGGAAUGGCCAAACAGAUCAAAUUGAGACUCGUGCCCAAUGGUACCACCAAUUUACCAGGCCCCAUGCAAAACAUGGUGUUGUCAGUGCAUGCCAUUGCCACCUUCUCGUCCAUUGAUACGUUUUUGAAGCAAAGAUUAAGCAUAUUCGACCAAUUGAUGGGCAGGGGCCAUGGAAGCCGGGACGAGGACAUGUCGUUGGACGACAGUUCCGCUAGAAAUGGCGACGAUUCGAUUGACGAUGGUGGGGAAUUGACCGAUGACGUUUCCAAUGACCAAAUGGACGUAGAUAAUGCUAAAUACAACGAUGUGGAGUUUCUCAUCAAUGGCGAGGUUAUCCCUAACGAGACCACCAUCUAUGGUGCCAUCUAUAGGUCGCUCCAAGGGGGCCCUGAUGAGGUUAUCGAUGCUUCUAAAGUAUGGAACACUGUCCAUUCGAUCUCGUUCCGUAAGGCAGAAACUUCCGUAGAAGCUACGGCUACUCCAUUGUACGGAGCAGGCAACGAUGCUAAGGAACUCCAGAACUACGAUUCCGUGACUAUUAGUAUCUUGAGACUUUUAAAGGUUUUGUUCGGUAUGAACAGUGGUGUUGCCAGUGCCGGUGCCAGUACCGGUACCAGCACUCGUGCCAUCUCCAAGGAUAAGUUCAUGAACUGGAAACUCCUGGUAAAACUCAACAGACAGCUCGAGGAACCUUUGAUCGUAGCCAGUGGUACCUUACCAGGAUGGGCCCUCCAUAUAACUCGCCAGUUCCCCUUCAUGUUCCCCCUUGACACCAGAAUUUUCUUCCUCCAGUCCACAUCCUUCGGAUACUCUCGUCUCAUUCAUCAGUGGCAGAUUCGUACCAACCAGGAGACCGACGCUGGCACCCAGAGGGCUCAAUUGGGCCGUCCUUCUCGUCAUAAGGUAAGAAUCUCCCGUAAACUGAUGCUCCAAAGUGCCAUUAAGGUCUUGGGACUCUAUGGGUCGACUCCGGGGGUAUUGGAGAUCGAAUACUUCGACGAAGUGGGCUCAGGGUUAGGUCCAACGUUGGAAUUUUAUUCCAGUGUUUCCAAGGAGUUCUCCAAGAGGAAAUUGGACCUCUGGCGUGACGAUAGUCCCCAUGAAGAUGGUGAAGAUUACGUCCAUUCUUCCACCGGUCUAUUCCCUGCUCCUUUAAGUCCUGAACAAUUGGCUACCGACCUGGGGAAGAAGAAACUUUACUUCUACUCCAUGUUGGGUAAGUUCAUCGCCCGAGCCUUGCUCGAUUCCCGUAUCAUCGACUUCAAGUUCAACCCGUUGUUCCUUAAGUUGGUGGAGAUCUUCAGUGGUGACGAUGUCACCAGGGAGUUGAAGAGGCUCAGUAACUUGAACAGUCUUCGUAUGGUGGACCCAUACUUGGCUGAGUCCAUGGCUCACUUACAGAGAUAUGGUGUGGGAGGUUCUGGUGAUGUGGGAGAUGGUGCUGGUGCUGCGGAAGGUUCUGGCGGUGAUAGUGCUAAUGCCAAUGGUUCUGGCGAUGGUACCCUCGAAGACCUUUCCCUCAUUUUCACCUUACCAGGAUACCCUCACUACGAAUUAGUCCCUGAUGGUGAUAACGUCGCCCUAACCACGGCCAACAUCGACCAGUACAUCAACAAAGUCAUCGAAACCACCCUUUACAGUGGCGUGAUCUCCCAAGUCAAAGCGUUCAUGGAAGGUUUCAGUAAAGUGUUCCCCAUCAAUUCCUUAGUGGUGUUCUCCCCUGACGAAUUAGUGGAAUUGUUCGGUAACGCUGAAGAGGAUUGGUCCUAUACCACCAUCUUCUCUUCCAUCAACGCCAACCAUGGUUAUAACAAGGACUCGGACACUAUCAAGUGUUUGGUGAAGCUUCUAGUGGAGUUCAACGAUAUAGAGAAGAGAUCAUUCCUCCAGUUCUUAACCGGAGCCCCUAAAUUACCCAUCGGAGGGUUCAAGAGCCUUAAGCCUGAACUCACAGUGGUACGGAAAUACCCUGAAAGUAACAUGAAAGACGACGACUACUUACCUAGUGUCAUGACUUGUGCUAACUACCUCAAAUUACCUGAUUAUUCUAACGAGAAAAUUAUGAAGGAAAGGUUAUUACAAGCGGUCAAUGAAGGUGCUGGAGCCUUCUUAUUAUCAUAA